UGAGGUUGAGUGACGGGGUAUCGCAACUUCCCAUCCUAAUCUGCACUUGCACAUCGCGCAUGCAUCUUCUGCAUCUGCAACUGCAACUGCCACGCACUUUCCCACCUGCUUUGCAUCGUUCACCUUUUUUUGUUAUCCUCUUCUCCAACACGCACACCUGAGACUCUGUUACUCUACCAUAUUCCACACACGAGCCCCCACGAACAACGCCUGACGCAGAAAUCGCCAGCCGUCUGAGUCAACGUCUCAAAUUUCUGCCCAGACGCCCAGCACUUGCCUUUGCAAGGCAAAGAGGGGAGGCAAAGUCACCGACGCUGCACUCUCACAUUUUCGCUUCCUUCUCGGCUCUGCAUCGUGUUUCGGGCCCUUGAAUCAACCUUGUCGCAAACCAAGGGCACAUCGACGCGGACAACUCUCCGCUGCCCUGGGUUGGGAGGGAACACGUCUUCGAACCGCAUCAUCGAGGCAUCCACUUUCUGCAGAUCCCUAAGUCAAGAAAGACUCAGGACUGCAAAAGCGUCUACGUCCUGCUUGGUGCGCCCAAGGUCCAAAGUGCAAGGUACACGGAUACUCGUCCUUGUACCAGGCGCCAGAGUUCCUACACCAUCACCCAAAGUAGUUCCUGCCGCCCUUUGCCCAACCUGCUUGUCGGAAUAUCUUUCUCUUCAACGCCAGACCCUUAGGCAACCAUCCUUUAUCACCUUACUCGACGUAGUUUGUCGUUACUGCCGUGCUCUGCGGUCGUACUUCCGACAUCUGCUGGUUCCAACUCCUGCCCUGUCAUCCAAGCUGCUCAGAGUUCUUCCUGCAAGCAUACGCAACCUUGAUUCGUCUGAAGCCACACGGUAGGUUCAUUCUCGGGCAUUCAGUUCGGUCACUCGGACUUCCUACAAAGCUUCGAGUUUCGGUACCUUGUUCGGCUUCGUCUCGGCCACCAGCCUCUCGAUAUCCAGCUGUCAGUGAGCCCCUUCAGUUCACCACCCGAUCGGUCGGCGAGCAAAUCGCUGGCGCACACGUCCCGUGCUUGGCAAGGGAACCAUUCUGAGCUGUACUCUGUCUUCUGAUAGGUAGGCCGACGUGGACACUGUUGGCGGUCUAGCCUUCCAGACGACUAGGGGCACCUGGCCAGUCCUGGAAGAGACACAGUAUCUUUCUCCUCUUGAGCUACACAAGGAGCUGCGAAUUGCAUAAACUUGAAUAGAUUAGUCCGUCGCGUUUGGCAACUGCCACUUGGCCUCCAAAGUACACGGGAAAGAAUACUUCGACGACCAUGGCGGAAACACUUCAAAUCCCGGACGAGGAUGCUGCCUGGCUGUCUCCGCAUCUGCCGUCAGAAUCUGCCAUCCAGUCAGCCGGGCACCAAAACCGUCCAUUCGUCACUCUGACCUUCGCCACAUCGUUGGACUCCUCACUUUCACUCGCUCCUGGAGUGCGUACACGCCUCUCCGGUCCCGAAUCCAAAGCUAUGACGCACUACCUGCGUCGCCAGCAUGCCGCUAUUCUCGUUGGAGUCGGGACUGUCCUUGCCGACGACCCAGGCUUGAACUGCCGUAUCGCAGGUGCGGGUCUUGACGCCCAGCCUCGACCCGUCGUACUGGAUCCUCGCGGCCGGUGGGACUUCACCGAGCAUAGCAAAGUUUUCGAGAUCGCCCGAGCAGGCAAAGGACUCGCGCCUUUUGUUCUCGCCGGGGCAGCCGCUAUUGAUUCUGAGAGACAGCAAGUCCUGGAAGCCCACGGCGGAAAGUUUGUCGUUCUCGACACCCAGAAGGAUGAGCCCCGUUUCGAUUGGCCGUCUAUUCUCUCUGUCCUCCAUGACGAAGGCUUAGACAGCGUCAUGAUCGAAGGAGGAGGCCAGGUUAUCAAUUCGCUACUGAGUCCCGAAUACCACCAAGUCGUCGAUGCGGUCAUUUUGACCCUUGCACCCACUUGGCUUGGACGCGGUGGCGUUGUCGUUUCCCCUGACCGCGUCCACACCUCGGAGGGCACGCCCAUGCCUGCUGCACGACUGGCCGAUGCAGCGUGGCAUCAGUUUGGAGAGGACAUUGUUCUUUGCGGCAAACUCAGGCGAGGCGACUAG